GGCUCACAAGAGCUCACAAUCUUUUCUUUCUUUUCUUUCAUACAGUGAAUUUCCCUGUGAGUUAUUUGUGCGUUUUCGAAGCCGAUUUACUGCGAGCAAAAACAUCUGCUAUUUUUCAUUGAUUCUCUUCUGUGGUGUCGGCACUUACAUCUGCCAUCUGCUGAGGUGCCACAAGAUCUAGGUGCCUUUGUGGCACUGCCACACACAGCGGAAGAUGACACCCAAGAAGACCUUGUCCCAGCUCUAUAAGCCUCCUGACGGUCAUGUGACCAAGGGAGAGCACCUGGGCAAGGGAGGCGCCGGUGACGUUUAUAAGGGUCACCACCAUAGGAAAGGCGACGUGGCGGUGAAAGUGGUCAACAUCACGCGGGACGAAGAGUCCGUUAGGAGAGAACUCCACUUCCUCCAGACUUUCACCGCCCAUAAGAACGUCGCCUCCUACUAUGGCGCCUAUUACAGAGCCCCGCCCACAGAUAGGUCGUGCGAGCUGCUUGAGAUAGUCCUGCAGUACUGUGGGGGUGGCUCCUUGCAGAACCUCAUAGAGACCACCGAGGGCCGAUCCUUACCCGAGACCUGGAUCGGCUACAUCUGCAAGGAGACGCUGAAGGGCCUCAACCAUCUGCACAAGAGUCGGGUCAUACACAGAGACAUUAAAAGCUUGAACAUCAUGCUGACCGACCAGGCCAAAGUAAAACUGAUUGAUUUCGGUCUCUGUUUCCAACUGGACCCGACGGCCGGCAAGUGCAGCGAGUGCGAUGGAACGCCGCAUUGGAUGGCGCCCGAGGCCAUAAGCAUCCGGCGGAGCCCGGUGGCAUAUGACACCAAAAGCGACAUCUGGUCACUGGGCAUAACCGCCGUAGAAAUGGCCGAGGGAGAACCACCUCACUCCAAUGUGGACUGUCCGUCAGCGCUCAUACGUGACAGCGAUGCGCCGGCACUCAAACCCAAGGCUUGGUCGGAACAAUUCAGGUCCUUUAUAACAUCGUGCCUGCAAAAGGACCCUGAAGCCCGAUGGAGUGCUGCACAGCUACUGCAGCACCCAUUUCUUACUGGGCUGCCCUCUAACAAGGCCGUCAGGGCACAAAUCAGAGAGCACCUGCGGGCCCUGAAGAUCCAGCCUGCUAAGAAAGAUCAGUGCUCUUCAGAGAAGGAAGCGGCUGCGCAGAUCCCAGCACCCGGGGAAGAACAUGGCCCCAGCCUGGCCGCCCCUUCGACUCGUACUGGGCGUCUCUAUCGCUUCAUGAGAAAACAGCUGAAGCGUGCCAAGAAGAUCUGGCACGACCCAGAAACAGGGCAAGUUUCUGACCCAAGAUGGCUCUGUAUGGUGCUGCCUCUUCCCCUCCCCCUGGCACUGUCUGCUCCCCUCUUCUAAUAGCUCCUCAUUUGGGUGCCUGCCUAUAUGGCGCUGCCUCUUCCCCUCCCACUGGUACUGCCUGGUCUGCUUUGAAUGGCCCCCUGGCCCUCAGUAGGUACAUGCCGGUAUGGCAUUGCCUCUCCCCCCACUGGCACUGCUGGGCCCCCCGUCCUCUUCUUCUAAUACCCCCAUCCCCUCAGAGGUUCAUGCCUGUAUGGCACUGCCUCUCCCCCCACUGGCACUGCCAGGCUCCCCAUCUUCUUCUUCUAAUCCCCCUGCCCCUCAGAGGUUCAUGCCUGUAUGGCACUGCCUCCCCCCCCACUGGCACUGCCGGGCCCCCCGUCCUCUUCUUCUAAUACCCCCAUCCCCUCAGAGGUUCAUGCCUGUAUGGCACUGCCUCUCCCCCCACUGGCACUGCCGGGCCCCCCGUCUUCUUCUUCUAAUGCCCCCCGUCUUCUUCUUCUAAUACCCCCAUCCCCUCAGAGGUUCAUGGCUGUAUGGCACUGACUCUCCUCCCACUGGCACUGCCGGGUCCCCCGUCCUCUUCUUCUAAUGCCCCCCGUCUUCUUCUUCUAAUACCCCCAUCCCCUCAGAGGUUCAUGCCUGUAUGGCACUGCCCCUCCCCCCACUGGCACUGCUGGACCCCCCGUCUUCUUCUUCUAAUGCCCCCUGUCUUCUUCUUCUAAUACCCCCAUCCCCUCAGAGGUUCAUGCCUGUAUGGCACUGCCUCUCCUCCCACUGGCACUGCUGGACCCCCCGUCUUCUUCUUCUAAUGCCCCCUGUCUUCUUCUUCUAAUACCCCCAUCCCCUCAGAGGUUCAUGCCUGUAUGGCACUGCCUCUCCUCCCACUGGCACUGCUGGGCCCCCCGUCUUCUUCUUCUAAUGCCCCCCGUCUUCUUCUUCUUCUAAUACCCCCAUCCCCUCAGAGGUUCAUGGCUGUAUGGCACUGCCUCUCCUCCCACUGGCACUGCCGGGCCCCCCGUCUUCUUCUUCUAAUGCCCCCCGUCUUCUUCUUCUAAUACCCCCAUCCCCUCAGAGGUUCAUGCCUGUAUGGCACUGCCUCUCCUCCCACUGGCACUGCCGGGCCCCCCGUCUUCUUCUUCUAAUGCCCCCCGUCUUCUUCUUCUAAUACCCCCAUCCCCUCAGAGGUUCAUGCCUGUAUGGCACUGCCUCUCCUCCCACUGGCACUGCUGGACCCCCCGUCUUCUUCUUCUAAUGCCCCCUGUCUUCUUCUUCUAAUACCCCCAUCCCCUCAGAGGUUCAUGCCUGUAUGGCACUGCCUCUCCUCCCACUGGCACUGCUGGGCCCCCCGUCUUCUUCUUCUAAUGCCCCCCGUCUUCUUCUUCUAAUACCCCCAUCCCCUCAGAGGUUCAUGCCUGUAUGGCACUGCCUCUCCUCCCACUGGCACUGCUGGGCCCCCCGUCUUCUUCUUCUAAU